CGUCCCUCCACCAUUUUGUAGCCAGCCUUGUAUCGUUCCCAUAUUAGGUACUCGACCAGUCCUACUGGCUCUUGAAGCAUUUUUGCCUACUCUCUCACGGGUCACCUUGGGUUACCACGAGGCAGUUCGGUGACCUGGUCUUCGCCAUAAUGUCUUUGCUUGAACGCCUUUUCCCUCUCCAGGAGCUCGAGGCUCUUGGGAACAAAUAUCAUGACCCCUCGAACAAGAAACGAAAGCUUGAGGGUGAAGCCAGCCAAAGCAAGCCUCGAAAACAAAACAAGCAAGAUUCACAUGACCACCGGCGACAUACCAUGUCCGAUGUUUCGAAAUUGAGUCGACCCAUCACAAUGUCUACGUCACUUUCAAGAAGCACCGAGCCAUCUAUCAAGCGGUCCAAUUCAUCUUCCCAAUCAACCUCGCUCACCACAGCCAGCAGAUCAUGCCUUCCAAAUUUCAUCGAACCAUCACUUCUCAAGAACUAUCUUCAGCAUUUACACCCCAAGGACCGCCAUCGGUAUUCAAUGACCAACACGCCAGAGCCGGAGGUUUCGCGAGCUUCGAGCCAACGUGGGCGAACCCCAAUCGAGAACGAGGAGAACACGCAUUCACCUGCAUCCAUGGUGACCGACACAUCCUCACCUUCGUCAUCGGAAGGUUGCGCUACGCCAUCGGCGGCCAUGUUCGAGCAAUUCCGAUCCGGACCAUUUGGACAUCUCUUCAACGGCAUGCGACUCACCGAGCACGAACGAGAUUUCAUGGAAGAUUUAUUAGGACCAACAGACCUCGCAACCGAAGAAGCAAAACCGGCCCAGGCCCCGAUUAAGGCACUCGUUGCCUCGCAAACUCUCGUGCACGAGUCGAAAGUUGGGAGUCGAGAGAUUGGCGUUACUCGCGAAAAUUCCAAGCCAGUUGUGCCUGUGAAAUUAGAAGACAAGCAAGAAGAGGAGGAAGAAGAGGUGGUCACUUAUCGCGGAUUCUCCAUCGGUCGACACUAUGACGAUGAUGAUGACGAUGAAGACGACGUCCACUCGUCAGGAAUGAGCCCGAUCAACGACACGGAGAUGGAGCCCCUGCAGCUGCCGCAGGGACACAAUAGCAAAAGCCUGAUCAGCGUGCAGGACUUUUUCGAUCUGGAAGAAGCAUCGGUGCUGUGACUGAUGCAUUAUCAGACGAGGUUUUCAAUUACUACGACAUGCUCGAUUCCGAGGCAAUCAGAGCCUUGACGCGCGAAAGCAUCGAUUUACGACACGGAUGGAGUACUAUUGCUCGACAUUUUACAUGUCUAUAGUUGGUUUGAUAGGAUCAACCACCAACAAAUGUAUACCUCAGCAGGUGUACCGGGCGCACUAUACCACGGAUUUGAAAGAUUUUGGUCAGGAGCGCCAAAGUGAUGAAAUUUACACUUCUAGCAACCUAUCUACAUUACAUACAAUAAUGGGAUGAAAGUGGUUUGCUUCGUA